GGGGGUAUUUCUCGGUCUGCGCUCCAUGUGCACGACGAAAAUGGCGGAGGGGAGCGUGGAGAAAGAUCGGCAGUCGAGCCGAAAAAUGGACAGGUCUCACGAAAAUGCACCGAAUGAGGUGGAUCAGAAUGGCGAAGAAAUAGAACCCAACUUCAGUGAUCCAGAGGACUACGUAGAUGACGUGAAAGACGAUGAACUGCUUGGCGAUAUCCUGAAGCAGCGCCCCCAGAAGGCCAUCGGUAGCGACUCCGUCAUCGUGGUUGAUAACAUUCCCAACGUCGGCCAGGACAGGCUGCCAAAACUGAAGAAUGUCAUCCGACGAAUCUUCAGCAAGUUUGGCGACAUCAGCACAGAACAUUACCCAGAUGAUAAUGGGGUCACUAAGGGGUUUAUUUUUCUGGAGUUUUCGUCACCAGCUAACGCAAUUGAAGCUGCAAAGCAGAUGAAUGGGUACCGGUUAGACAAGACGCACACGUUUUCAGUGAAUCUGUUCUCCGACAUCGACAAGUACACUCAGAUUGAUGACAAAUGGGAACCGCCGAAACCUCAGCCAUACAAAGAUUUUGGCAACCUGAGGUUCUGGCUGCAAGAACCUGACUGUAACGAUCAGUACAGCGUCAUCUUUGACGGUGGAGAGAAGACCGCCAUCUUCAUGAACACGUCGACAGAAGCAUCUGUCGUUGAAGAGAGAAAGCAAUGGACUGAGACAUACGUCAGAUGGUCACCGCAGGGCAACUAUCUUUCAACGUUCCAUCAUCGAGGCAUAGCACUCUGGGGCGGCCCCAAGUUUGAACAAAUCAAGAGGUUUGCCCAUCCGGGUGUGCAGCUGAUUGAUUUCUCACCGUGUGAAAGGUAUCUGGUGACGUUUAGCCCCCUCAUUGACGUGAGAGAUGAUCCCCAAGCCAUUAUCAUAUGGGACGUACAGACGGGCAAGAAGAAGAGAGGUUUUCAUUGCGAGAGCGCUGCACACUGGCCGAUAUUCAAGUGGAAUCACGAUGGCAAGUAUUUUGCCAAGCAGUCCCAGGAUACGCUGAGCAUCUACGAGACACCGUCCUUUGGCCUGAUGGAAAAAAAGAGUAUGAAGAUUACCGAGAUCAGGGAUUUUGGCUGGUCCCCUGCCGAUAACAUUCUGGCCUACUGGGUACCGGAGGUCAACGAGAGUCCAGCCAGGGUCACCCUGGUGGAGAUCCCGUCUCGUAAAGAGCUCCGCGCUAAGACGCUCUACAACGUCGCCGACUGCAAGAUCCACUGGCAGAAACAGGGUGAUUACUUGGGCGUCAAGGUGGACCGCUACACCAACAAGAACAAAAAGGUGUCGAUUUGGAAUUUUGAGCUGUUCCGCAUCAGAGAGAAGCAGAUCCCCGUUGACCAGGUGGAGCUCAAGGAGACCAUCACGGCCUUUGCCUGGGAGCCCACGGGCUCUCGCUUCUGCUGUCUGCACGGCGAGGCGCCGCGAAUCUCCGCCAGCUUCUACAAAAUCCACGAGAAGGGCAAAGUGGAGCUAGUCAAGACUCUCGAGAGAAAACAAGCGAAUUGUAUCUUCUGGGCUCCGACUGGACAAUUUGUUGUUCUGGCUGGACUACGCAGUAUGAAUGGAACCUUCGAGUUCAUCGACGCCGGUGACAUGACCAGCAUGAAUCAGACGGAGCAUUUCAUGGCCACUGACUUGGAGUGGGACCCAACCGGACGCUACGUCAUCACGGGGGUCAGCUGGUGGAGUCAUAAGGUUGAUAAUGCCUACUGGGUCUGGAGUUUCCAGGGUCGACUGCUGCAGAAGUGCAACCGCGAUCGGUUCUGCCAGCUACUCUGGCGCCCUCGCCCAGCGUCGCUGCUUACCGACAAGCACCUCAAGGACCUCAAGAAGAACAUGAAGACCUACAGCAAGCAGUUUGAACUGAAGGACCGAAUGAGCCACUCCAAGGCGUCCAAGGAGCUGAUUGAGAAGCGACAGCAGAUGCUGGAUGAGUUCAAUUCGUUCCGUCAAAGGCUGCAGGAGCAAUAUGAAGAGGAGAGGCAGUUGCGCAUGGAGCUGCGAGACGGUGUGGAUACUGACUGCAUGUACGCUGGCGAGGAAGAAGAGGAAGAAGUUAUCGAAUUCUUUGUUGGUGAAGAAAUCAUCGAAGUUAACGAAUUUGAGGGCGAGUAAUCUCCAGGCCGACUAACGCGCCCUCGUUCCCCCCUGGUGGCCAAACCAACAGGCCAACAUCCACUAAAGGACUGUCUGAGUCAGCCACAACGUUGGCAGUACACGGAUACCAUCUUGUUUUGAAUUUUUGUGGCAUCAGUAAACAUAUCCAACUUUGUUUUGACCAUUUUCAGCUCCCAGUUUGCGAGCUGACAGAUUCUUUACCUCUGUCGUAUUUUAUAAUUUCAACUUUUGUGUUCAAUUAAAUUGAAAGUCAUAUUUGAAUAAUAUUUUGUGCCGGUUUACAUCAUCUGAGAGUGUGCAGUUUUAAAUCGGCAACAAUUUGUUUCAGCAAUUUUUUUUGCUACCCACAUUUUUGAAAGUACCUUAAUUUUUUAACUGAGCCUCACAAUUCAAAACUGUUACAAUAAUUUUUUUUUUUGGCAAAUUGAGUGAUCUUAGUAUUAUAAUCUACUUGCUUAACUACAACGUCUGCUUAUAUUUUCGUUUUUCCCUUAUUUUUAAGGACACGUUUUCCUUUAGCUACUAGAAUUAGUAACUCACUAUUUAAACAAUUUCUUACUUAUCUUUGACUUCCUCAUCCACUAGCUAAAGUUUAAAACCAAAAUUGAACUUCCUGCUUUGAGCCAAAAACUGUAAGUUGGUUUCCACGCAAGUUUGGAUUUUUACUUUGUAUGGUGUAGUCUUUAUCAAAUGCUAAACAUGAACAAUUUAAAAUGUACAGCUUUUCAAAACAAUGGCCCUAGUUUUAACUGGUUUGGCAAUACAUGUAGUACCCAAAUUUCCGUUUUGAUGCUCGAAGUACACACAGUGGUAGUUGAUUUAAUCCUUGUCAUGUGGUUUUAUGGAAUGUACCCUUCUCCUUUUCGGUUAUGCAGGCCACCAUUAAAAUGUGCUCAGUAGAGAUAGAAGA